UUUCCAUGAAAUCUUCCUACCGUGAAUACCAUAAACCCAGUGGCUGACAUGUUUGUAUAUUGAAUCAAUAUAGAUAUACCCAUCACACUUUUCAGUUAUUGUCGUUUGCAAAACAAAUUAUGAUUUCAGAAGAGGAAAAUAUUACGUUUAAAACUUUAUCUUCUGACCAUCUGUACCGUAUUAAUAAGGGUAAAACCAUUGGAGAAGUGAGGCAGUCGGUGGCAUCUAUUUUGGGCGCAGAAUAUUGGCUGAUAGAUAUUGUAAACAUCGAGAACUUCUUUGUAUAUGAUCCAGAAACAACAACCGAUGUACUGCACAAUCCCUUCUGCGUCAUGGUGUGGGCAGAAAGUCGCGCUAUUUCUGGAUGUCCAACAACAACAAAACCCGACAUAAUCUGGGAAUAUGAAUCAGAUCCCAGACUGGAACUCUCCUGUGGCCAUGCAAUAACACCAGACAAUUUGCACGGAUUUGUACGUGAGAAGAUUCUUCAAAACGAACACAUUCUAAGGUGCCCGGCUAAAACAGAUUUCGGUAUUUGCAAUCAGAUUUGGGAUAAUCAAGAUAUCUUGACAAAAUGUAUGCUUACUGUUGACGAACACAUAUUUUUCAGUGCAAAGCUUUCCUUUAACUACUUGAAUAGACGGCAUAAUGAUAUAAAGAUAUGUCCUAGGUGUAGCUCGUAUUGUGAGAAAAUAACUUAUCAAUCUCAUGCUAAGUGCUUGAAAUGUUCAAAUGAUUUAUAUUACACAUAUAAAUUUUGCUGGCUUUGCAUGGAACAGUGGCUACCAAAUCAUGAAUGUGUCGUAUCGAACGAGCAUGGCAACAAUGAGGAAAUUUCCAGACAAUUGCGACAUUGUCCAAAAAUUACCCUCGACUAUUCAAACAUGUGUGGUGUACCUUCUAAACGUCUUUGUCCGAAGUGCAAAACUUUGCUGCAGCAUGAUCAAGCCUGUAAAUCUAUGCUGUGUACGUUUUGUAAAACUGAGUUCUGCUUCGCGUGUUUGCAAAUCGCCAGGGAUGGAAAGCUCCCCUGUGGCGAGUUCGAUGGUCGAUGUAUUGUAGCACCCAUCCAAUCAACAAUGGAGUAUUCUUUUGAUUAAAAUAAAUUCAUUUCAAACAAC